AAGCAACGUCAUUUUGAUGCCCCCGACCAAGCGAACCGCGGCUGCUGCCAACGCCGAGCCCAAGCCCGCGCCUGCAGCAGCGCGUGGUCGUCGAAGUGCUACUGCUGCUGCUGCUGCUGCUGUUGCGGCCGAGCCGGAGGCAGAAGCUGCUGCUCGGCCUGCGAAAAAGGCGCGAUUGUCCAAAGUCACGGCAGCUGCUGAUGCUGCCACUGCUUCCGACGAUGAUGCCACGGCCACUGCCACCACCACCACCACCACCACCACCACCACCACCACUGCUGCUGCUGCUCCUGCGGCUCGAUCGGCGCGAGGCAAGAAGGCCGCCGCUGCCGCCGCUGCUGCUGCUCCUGCAGCCAACAAGCGCGGCGCUAAGGAUUCAUCCAAAUCUGGCCCCUCGCACUCUUCUGCGAUGCAGGUCGACGACGACGAUGACGACGAGGAUGCCGACGAUGCCGACGAUGCCGACGACGCCAUGGACACCACCAGCACUGGCGCGCAGGCAGACGAGCGCGAUGACGUCUCGUUCGUCCCUCCGACGGCGGAGCAGAUUGAUUUGACUGAUGCUCCGCAGCUGGGCACUUUCUCGCUCCUGCCCGAAACCAACCCCACCGACGCAUCGCAGGACAUUGCGUACCUCGCGUGUGCCGUCCGCCGAAACGACGUCCCUCUGGUCAAGCGCCUCAUCGUCCUGCUUCGGAAGAAGCAGCAGGAGGAUCAGCGAAAGUCCGCCGAAAAGGAAAAUGCUGCAGCGGCCUCUGCUCCGCCGUCGCUGCGCUCGAGCCUGUCGCUCUCUGCCUCUCUGUCUGCGAGCCAAGAAGACGAUGUUGUCACUCCGACUACGACUGCUGCCCCAACAACCGCAACAACAAGCACUUCCGCUGCUGCUCCAGGCGCGAUCUGGCAGCAGUUUCCCAUCGAUCCCGUCGAAGGAGGUCACUCCAUCCUCGCCCAGGCGGCAGGUGCAGGCCAUGCUGAAAUGGUUGACGUGCUUCUCGCCGCCGCUCACCCGUUUGCUCUCAAGUUGGACGUCCUGACGUCCAUUUUGGCGGUCGCAACGAGCCUCGGCGUCCAUGUCCAGCCCAGCAUCCUGUCGCGCAUCUACGCGCACUCGCCCCUGGCCGUGGAGUCGUUUGCGGCUCAAGCCGGUUUGCCGUACGCCAAGGCCGGCCAGGUUCCUUGCCUGCUCCUGCUCAUGGAGUGGGCUCGCGCGUACGACCGCGCGCGUGUCUCGAUGGAUGGGCCGCCGCUCUACCCCAACCUGUCCGACCUCCACUUUGCCGUGUUGCAAGCCAAGACACCCGCCGAUCUGGCCCAGUUUCAGCUCGACGAGGACACCACCAAUGCCUGCAUCUUUGGCGGCCUGACCCCGCUGCAUCUUGCGGCCUUGAACGCCGACCACCCCGCGAUUCUCCAUCACCUGCUGCAGAACCAAGGCGAUCCAACCAUCGAUGCAGAGCAAGACACUACGCUUGCCAUUCUCGCCGCCGCCGUCCAGUGCAGUCCCGGCGCGCACGCCGUCAACUUGGUUCGCCCACUGCUCGCCGACAAGCUCGCCGCCGACACACUCGCCACCGAGCAGCAGCAGCAGGACGCCAACCCCGCUAAGGGCAAGAAGGGAUCGAAAACGAACGAUUACAGCAACCUCGGCAAAAAGUCGUCGCUCAUGCCAGUUCGCAGACCCAACGUCGACGACGAGUCUGUUUACUUGACCGUCCCGCUCUCUAACGACUCCGCCGAACUCGUGAGCAGCAGCCGCCACGACGCAGCUGUUCCACUGCGCCCGCUCCCCCAGCAAGCAUCGGGCACGCUGCUGUACCUCCUCUGCACGCAAACGCCCGAGACCCGCCGCAUGAUCACCUCCCGCGUGCUGAGCGUGAUGAAGGCUGCGAUCGAUUCCGACCAGAGUGCCAACGUGGAUCUCAUGCUGACGGCCAUCACCAAUGUCCAUGGAGUGGAUGGCCACGCUUAUGGCUGGUUUACAAACGACAUUCUGCAGUUCCUGCAGCACUGCAUCGCGCGACCUUCGCCCACGCUGUUUGCCGUCGUCUUCCGCAAGCACGCCCAGUUCGAUUUCAUCAGCAACGUCAAGUCCAACUGGCUCGAGAAGCAGGGCUCUGGCUACUCUCCCCUCGCCGACUCUGCAAACGCUUCCAUCCAGCAAAUGAUUGGCAACUCCAACUCUGCCGCGCGACUGAAUGUCAUCCUGGCCUGGUUUUAUCCAACGCUCGACUUUUCCGAGGCGCUGGCCGGCACGCUCGCCGGCCAGGCCAUUGCCAAACGCCGCACUGCGGUGCUUUCCAUGCUCCUCCGCUCUAGUAAGCUGGCCUUGACUCAAGAGCAGCUGGAAUCGAGUCAGUUCAACGCCGAACAGCGCGGCACCACGCUCCUCCACCGCGCAAUCAGCGCUGGCUGCAUGGAGACCUUUGAGCAGCUGGUCGCUGCCGGCGCCGAUCUGUUCUUCAAGACCGACGCGCAAAUCAGUCCGCUCAUGCACGCCAUCCAAGAGGGUGCGUGCGCGUUCAUCUCCCGCCUCGUCGAGUUGGGUGUGUCCAUUGACGACAAGCGCCCGACGCCUCCCACGAAGGCCGAUGAUGACACUGCCACGGGCGGAGUCAAGAACACUGCCCUGGAUCCGCCCUUCUACAACCAGAUCUUUGUCUUGACGGGCUUCUUUAGCCUCAGCAGCUGGCAGCUUGAGGCCAUGAUUGUCGAGUACGGCGGCAAAGUGGCGCAGGCGGUGACGCGCACGACUACCCAUCUCCUGCUCGGCGCCUCCGGCAUCACCGAAUGGGGCCAGAAGACAGGCAGCGGCAGCACCAAGCACAAGGAGGCCAAGAAGAAGAAGCUGCCGAUCGUCAACGAGGCGCACAUCCGCUCUGAGAUUGCCAAGUUCCAGCAAGCCACGGGCACGACUGCCAAGGCCAUGGCUUCCUUUGAGCAGACGCGCGGCUACGGCGGCGGCGCGCACUUUUCCCAACAGCUCGGCGGUGGGAGGGGCGGUGGCGUGGCUGCCGCUGUCAGCUCGCCCGUGCACUUUUUGUUGACUUCGGCGUGCCCCAAGAAGGAGGAGGUGCUCCGCCUCAUGCUCAAGCUGGGCUUUGACAUGCUCGCGCUGGACGAGUCGACGGGCUGCAAUUUGCUCCACACGCUUGCAGCCAGACAGGCCACCACGACUGCCUUGUUGGAGGCGACCGUUGAGGUGGUUGCCGCCUACCUCGCAGCGCACCCGCUUGCCGCCGCCGCCGCCCCUGCUCCGAUGCAGCAGGCGACGGACGAGGAGGAAGUCCCCGAAGGCGACGAUGUAGCCCGCUUCAAAGCAGUGCGUGCGACCUCCCUCGCAUCUUUCUUCAACGCUCCGUCAGAUGCAGGCCUGACCCCCAUCCUCUCGGCCGCGCGCGCCAACGCUCCAAAUGUUCUCAAGUACCUGGUCGCUCACCCUCUCGUGAAUUUGCGUUAUCGUGUUCCGGAUCGUGAUGACGAUGCCUUUAACCGAGGAGGCCUCAAAGGUUGGGCGGGCUGGAGUUUCUUUGACUGGGUGCUCCGAUCGAACAACUACCCUUUGGCUGCCGAAAUGCUUGCCCGCCGCGCGACACACCCGUUCGAGGUGAACGAUGCGCAGAAUGCCUGCGGGCCUCCGCUGUUUGUCGUGACCAAAAUGCAAGCCCUACUCGUGCCUGGAUGGCAACAGCAAUCAAACCACCUUGUGCGACAGCUGCUGUUCGAUUUGCUGGCAUGCGCCGACCUGGAGGUCAACAUUCUCGAUCCCGAGAGUGGUCUCGGGAUGCUGCACAUGAUUGUGGAAGCUGCGUGGUGCACCGUCGAGCUGCUCCAGCAACUGCGUGCCAAGCGCCCUGAUCUUGACUGGGCCAUCCGUGAUCGCGACGGCCGCACGCUUUUGCACUCGGCCUGCGUCCAGGCCGACUUUGCCGUCUUCAACUAUCUCUUGCCGUUCACCGAUUCGAAGGCUGUCGAUCGCUACCAGCGCAACUGCCUCACGUUCGCGAUCGAAGGGCGCAAAAGCAACCUCGCCGUGUACCUGCUGGAGCGCGAUGCUGACAUUACCGUCCGUCGCCUCUACGAGGACGCCGCACAGCUGCUGCAGCAGCGACAACAACAACAGCAGCAUCUGCAACAGCAACAGCAACAGCUCCUGCGACUGCAACAGCAGCAGCAGCAGCAAUACAUGCAGCAGUUUGGCCAACAAGGCAACUUUGGCGGCGGCGCCUUUUCGGCGCUCGGCAAUAAUGUCGUUGGUGGUGCUGCCGCGACGGACGCGACCGAGCAAGAUGGCCAGAAAGAGCAGGUGCAGAUCACCAGCAGCAUUUUCGCUCUUGCUUUGCAAAACCAACUGAUGGGCGUCGUCGAUGUGCUGCUGCGCCAUCCGAAACUCGACCAAGGCGACGCGCUCCGCUCGGCACUGAAGAAUGGCGCGCACAGCAUCGCCGUCCGGCUCAUCAAGUCGGCGACUGGCCAGCAGCGUCUCAUCAACGACGACGACAUUGCCCAGCUGCUGUUCGCGGUCAUCUUCCCGUCCGGUUCCACGACGGUGGCGUCGGAGCUCGAAGCGCCCGUGCCCGCCUUCACCUUUGCUGGCUCCGCUUUCCUGUCCAACGCCUCGACCAAAGCCACAGAGACGCUCGAGCUCCUCGAGCUGCUGAUCGGCCCUGUGCCAGACGAAAGCGAGCCGCUGGUGCCGCUGCCUGGCGUGUCGGUUGCCGCGCAAGCCAAAAUCUUCUUCACCGCGCUCGAGCGUCAGCCCGCUCUGGUCGUCGAGCGGCUCAUGCGCACCUUUGAUAUGGAGCAGGUCUAUCAGUGCCCGAGCAAGGACGGCCAGCUCGUGCUGACGGCUGCUGCGCUCGCAUCUGACAAGGACGCCGUCCUUCGCCUGAAGCUGCUGAUGGCUCGGGUGGACGAUCACACUCGCCAAACGUUUGGCACCCAGAAUCUGAUGGACACGAGCGUCGAGUCGGUCUUCUCGCGGCGGAUUCACCGUGCGUGCAAAAUCGCCCUCAACCUUCUCGACCCGGCCAGCGGCCGCAACUCGCUCCACUGCGCUGUCAUGCCCCUGUCCGUCGGCGCGUUUGUGCACUCGAGCGCAAAGAUGUGCGAGCUGCUCGUGAGCGCUGGCGCCGAUCCCUUGGUGGCCGACAAGCAGGGCAAGGUUUCGGCCGAGUUGGCUGGCGAGCUGGCGCCUGCUGUGGGCAACCCGAUUCUCGCCGCCUUGAAGCUGCGCAUGACGCCGCAGGUGGCGGCAAAGAUCGACGCUGCAUUUGCGCGUGGCGCUGCCCACCGCACCUCGCUUGCCACGCAGAAGGACGCGCGUCGCCAGGCCAAGAUCAACGAGCGUGCCGACAAGCACCGAAACCACAUGGAGCGCUUAAAGCUGCAACGAGCAGAGUUUGCCAAGCUCGCGGCCCAAGAAGCGCUCGACCGCAAGACGAACGUUGCCAAGUUUAUCAUUCCGGUUGACACCCACUGCCGCAACCACGACUACUACCAGGUCUACGUCGGCGCCGACGCUGCCAUCCACGACGUCAUGCUCAAUCAAACGAACUCCUCCGCCAGCCUGUAUGGUGCCAACAAGUUCUACGUCAUCCAGCUCCUCAUCCACAAGGAGUACGCCUCCAAGUUGGCGGACAAGCUCAAGACGGCUGCGGCUGCCGUCGCCAAGAACCGUGCCACCACCGGCAAGGGCGGCAAGAAGGCCAAAGCCACCGCCAUGCGCGUCGACGACGAUGAUGACGACGCAGAGGAGGACGAGUAUGACGGCAGCGAGGCCGACGACGGCGAGGACGAGGACGAGGACAUGUUUGCCAACACGGGCCAGGCACGCACGAAAAUGUCUCCGUUCCUGGUGUUUACGCGCUGGGGUCGCGUGGGCGGCAAUCCUUUCUAUGGUCGCAACCGUGGCUACUAUGGUGGCUAUGACGACUCGUACGAGGAGGCUGGCACGACUGCUCUUGCCAGUUUCUCGACGUUGGCUCCCGCGUUGGCCAUGUUUGAGAAAAAGUUCAAGGAGAAGACCAACAACGACUUUGUGACCGUGUCGAAGGAUCGCGAAAGCUUCCACCGCUUCAAGGAAUACUACCAGAUCGUCGACCGCACGUACGACGUGAAGAAAGAUCCCAACGACCAGUCUGACGAGUACGACGACGAGGACAUUGCCAUGUCAACGCUUCCCGAGACGCUUCAGGACUUGAUUCGAGUCGUUUCCAACGUGGAUGCACUGAAGAGUGAAAUCGCGGCAUUCGGUCUCGACGUUCGCCGCCUUCCGCUCGGACGCCUGAGCCUCUCCCAGAUCAGCUCGGGCUACGAGAUGGUCUCAGAGCUCAUCGAUGCCCACCAGAGGCUGGCGGCGCUGCAGAAACUCAAGGGACGCAAGCUGCUUGCAUCGAGCAACGAGCAGGCCCGCUUGAACCGACUCGUCCAGAAGCUGUCGGACGACUUUUACUCGCUCAUCCCCCACAACUUUGGCACCGCACGGGCCGACACGAUCGACACGGGCGCCAAAGCGGCCCUGAAGCUGGACAUGCUCAACACGAUGGCCAACAUUGAACUUGCCCUUGUGGCGAUGGAUCAGCGUCGCGCCGCCCGAAAGGCCGCGGCUGUCAGUGCUGCAGCGGCGGGCGGCGCUAGUAGUGGCGCUGUCGUCGCGAUGGACACGUCGACCGGGCCGGCGUCCGCGGCCAACGGCAUUACCAAUGCAGCGUUGCAGCGCUCGUCGCUCGACGACAUGUAUCUGAACAUGGGUGCCGAUCUGGCUGUCGUGACCCCGGAUUCUGAUGAAUUCAAGAUGAUUUUGCAAUACAUGGCGCGUGGAGGAGGUCCGAGCCACGCUCAUGGCAUCUUCAAGGUGGCUCGGUGGCCCGAAACAGCCCAGUUUGAGCAGCAUCUUGCUUCGCGCGACGUGCCUGUGAGCUCUCAUCUCCACCGACCCAACCAUCUGCUGCUGUGGCACGGCACUUCGGUGGCCAAUGUCAUGGGUAUUUUGAUGCAAGGCUUGCGCAUCGCCCCUGCCGAGGCGGAUGCGACUGGCUACAUGUUUGGCAAGGGUGUGUAUCUUGCAGAUUACUUCGGCAAAUCGCAAGGCUACGCGCACGCGCGAAACAACAACUGGAGCGUCCAACGGCAGCAGCAGCAGCAACAACAACAGCUGCAACAGCAACAGCAGCAGCAGCUGUCCACGAAAGACGCCCAAGCCGCCGCUGUUAAGGCGGCAAAGUUGGCCAAGCAGUUGCUGCUCAGCAACAUCCGCUGCAUGUUCCUGUGCGAGGUGGCGCUCGGUGAAGGGCACCUGCGUCGCCAAGCCGAGAUGAUCAAGACGCCUCCGCCUGGGCACCACUCUGUCCAAGGUGUUGGUCGCCAGACGCCCAACCCGGAUGCCAUGUUUGUGCUCAACAAGGGCGUGGGUGUUCCGAUGGGCGAGCUCACCAACGCGCCCACCGACGAGGUUGGCUACUCGCUCUCUUACAACGAGUACAUUGUCUACGAUGCGACUCGUGUUCGCAUCAAGUAUCUGCUGAUGAUUUGAGGCUGCCGCUGCUGCUGCCGUUGUUGUUUGUUGGUUCUUGUUGUUUCGAGGGUUGUUAGUAGUAUGGAAUAGAGCAGGGUUAGAGUUU